AUGGCAACUAUCAAUGCUACGAAGCCAUGGGAAAUUAUAGCAGUCAAAUUACAAAAUCCUUUUAUUAGAUCGUUAAAUGGACACACUCAAUUGUUAGUAAUUCAAGAUAAAUUCACGAAGCGGGUUGAAAUAUAUUCACUCAAACAAGCUACAGCUUCAGAAAUUUGUAGAGUUCUAAAAAAAGAACUUAUUUAUCAAUUUGGUUGCCCGAAGACAAUCAUCACGAGCAAUGGCACUCAGUUUACUAGCAGGAAAUUCCAAAAAUUGUUGAAGUAUUUCGGAAUAAGACAUGUAGCAACUCCACCAUACUUUGCACAACAUAAAGGAGUUGGAAGAACUAACAAGGUGCUAAAAACCAUGGUUUUGCAGCACGACAAGAAGUCAUACCAAUCUUCGAAUAGGAAUUUAGCUAAGCGGAAGUUUGCAAGUAAUGAAUCUACUAAAGUCAGACAAGUCUAUCCAAAAUAUAACAGAAAAACAUUACCAUUAAAUACAAUACCAAGUACUUUAGAAGAAAUAAACCGUUCAAGACAUUUGCAAGAUGAUAAAGUUUUAGCAUCUGGAAAACAGAAGAAAUAUUACAGUAAAAACAGACGGAAAAGGAUACCAGGUAUAGAAAACAUGGUAACUAAGAAAGAGUAUCUUUCGGCAGCAGCUAACCAUUGUGCCGCCAAACUUGCCCCCAGAUAUAACGGCUCAUUGAUAGGACUUAAAAUGUACGCAGAUAAAGUAGGAGUGGUGUGCAACAAGGGAAACACACCUGUAAGAAAUUUCGGUACUUGA